AUGAAGAAACGCAAAAAGAUGGAUCAUGAGAUCCCUCUUGAUCUACUGAUGGAGAUUCUCAUCAGAUUGCCGGCGAAGUCUCUGAGAAGGUUCAUACUCGUUUCAAAGAUAUGGUCGUCCAUGAUCCAGAGCCAAGUAUUCAUAGAUUACUUCUUCUCCAUCUCCUCGACACGACCGCGGUUUUUUGUAGCUUUCACCAACGGUUGUUUCGCAAAGUAUAAGGAUAGACGCUUGUUCUACUACAUGUCGUCGUCGUCUUCACAAUCACAUGAAGGACAUGAAUCAUCUUCUUCUUCUUCUCUGGUAACCAGUCUCGACACGAUAAUGCCUUACCUCGCCGUUUGUGAUCUCUACGGGUCUUGUUCUUCCAUCCAUGGCUUUAUCGGUUGCUCACUUGGCGUUGGGUUGCACCAGACAAGUCAUUGUCUUACCAACCUUACCAAAACGUCCCGCUCCAGAUAUGAGAGGCACGUGCUUGUGUUACGAUCCUGUCUCUGA